AGAAGGGAGCGUGGAAGAAGAAUAAGGAGGCAGAGGACUAUGCGUUUUUUUACUUAAUUUGUUAGUUACCAGGGCUUUACAGAUGUCCAGGGUGUGUGUGAGUUCCUAGGAUCGUUAUAAAUAGUAAAGGUUAAUUAGUUAGCAGAGAAAUUGGAUCAGGGGCGGGCUUUUUAGAAUUUGAUCCACAGACAGGUAACUCAAGCGAUCUCCAUUGUCACUGUAAUCAGACCUAUAUAAAUCCCACGUUGACGGACAGCAGUCACCACAUAGCCUUACCACUCUCUGCUGCAUCACUUCUCCAGCCGGACGAGAACACUCUCCACACGGAAAAUGUCUCUCACAUCUGUCCUCUCUGCUGAUGCCAUUGACAGUGCUAUCAAGGACUGCCAAGCACCAGACUCCUUCUGCCCCAAGAAGUUCUUCCAGCUGUGUGGCCUCUCCAAGAAGAGUGCAGCUGAGGUGAAGAAAGUCUUCGCCAUCAUCGACAAUGACAACAGUGGCUUUAUUGAGGAGGAUGAGCUCAAGUUCUUUCUGCAGCGGUUCUGCCCCGGUGCUCGCGCCCUCACAGACUCAGAGACUAGAGCCUUCCUCUGCGCUGCUGAUGAUGACAGUGAUGGACGAAUUGGAGCAGAUGAGUUCCAGGCCAUGGUCUUGUCAUAAACCAUUCAGAAUCUCUCCCAUCCGCUGCUCUAAGGGCUUUGUAGGUGUAGUGAAUCAUAUUCCAUCUGACUAGAAACAAUAUUCUUCUUAUUCCCCGUCAUGUAAUGUAAGUCUCUCAGGUCCUCAAACAUCAACAAUGUCAUCGCCUUUCCCUUUUCAUUUAUGUAGACUGAUAACUAUAUAUGCAC